AUGUAUCUAUCUAUAUAUCUAUCUAUCUAUCUAUCUAUCUAUCUAUCUAUCUAUCUAUUUAUCUAUCUAUCUAUCUAUUAUCUGAUCUGUUUAAUCUAUCUAUCUAUCUAUCUAUCUAUCUAUCUAUCUAUUCAUCUAUCUAUCUGUUUCAUCUAUGUAUCUAUCUAUCUAUGUUAUUUAAUUUUAAUAUGCAUCUAUCUAUCUCACAUAUUUAUUCCAUCUAUCUAUCUAUUCAUCUAUCUAUCUAUCUAUUCAUCUAUUAUCUCAUCUAUUCAUUCAUUCAUCUAUCUAUCUAUCUAUUCUAUCUAUCUAUUCAUCAUAUCUAUCUAUCUAUCUAUCUAUAUGUAUCAUCUAUCUAUCUAUCUAUCUAUCUAUCUAUCUAUCUAUCAAUCUAUGUUGUUUCUAUCUAUUCAUCUAUCUAUCUAUCUAUCAUCUAUCUAUCUAUCUAUCUAUCUAUCUAUCUAUCUAUCUAUCUAUCUAUCUAUCUAUCAGUCUGUUCAUAUCUAUCUAUCUUCUAUCAUCUAUCUAUCUAAAAUUAUCUUUUAUUUAUUCUAUCAUAUCUAUCUAUCUAUUCAAAUCUAUCUAUCUAUCUAUCUAUCUCUAUCUAUCUAUCUUCAUCUAUCUAUUUCUAUCUAUCUAUCUAUCUAUCUAUCUAUCUAUCUAUCUAUCUAUUCAUCUAUCUCUGUUAUCUAUCUAUCUAUCUAUCUAUUCUAUCUAUCUUUUCUAUCUUCUAUCUAUCUAUCUAUCAUCUCUAUUGCAUCUAUCUCAUAUCAUCUAUCUAUCUAUCUUCUAUCUAUCUCAUCUGUUGACAUAUUUUUUCAUCUAUAUAUCUAUCUAUCUAUAUAUAUUCAUUUAUAUAUCUAUCUAUCAUCUAUCUAUCUAUCUAUCUAUCUAUCUAUCUAUCUAUCUAUCUCAGUCUUCGUCUAUCUAUCUAUCUGUCUAUCUAUUAUCUAUCUAUCAUAA